AUGUUGGUAGAUAUUGCUCUGCAAAUUUUACGAGUAGUAUUAAUAGUAUUCAUUAUUUUGGGAAUUAUUGGUAAUGGUCUCAAUUUAUUUAUAUUUACGCGUCGGACACUUUCACGAUCAUCAUGCACAUUAUAUCUUAUUGCUGCUUCGAUUGAUAAUAUUCUGGUUAUUUGCAUAUCAUUAUUAACUCGUUUAUUAGCCAAUGGAUUCUCUCUUGAUGUAGCAAAAACAUCGGAUGUUAUGUGUAAAUUACGAUUUUAUUUUGGUUAUGUAUUUUUUGCUUUAUCACCAUAUUUCUAUACAUUGGCUUGUUUUGAUCGAUAUUGUUCAAGUUCAGCAUCAGCUACACGUCGAUCAUUGUGUAAUAAAAAAGUAGCAAAACGAUUAAUUAUUGGAGCAAUUAUUUUGGCUUGUAUUUUAUAUUUUCAUAUGGCAAUAUUCUACGAAAUAAUUAGAACAGGUCCUUCUUUUACCUGUAAUGCUCGACCGGGUACAUAUGAGUUAUUUUAUCGAAUAUUUUAUCUGGUAAUUUAUUGUAUUUUACCAUCUUUUUGUAUGACUGUAUUGUGUGCACUCACUCUAAAUAAUAUUCGUCAACAAUCACGUCGAAUUCAACCUGUCUCAGGAACUGGUAAAGAUGGUUCUCGUCGUCUUGAUCGUCAUUUAAUUCGAAUGUUAUUUGCACAAAUUAUAACACAAGUUCUUUCUAUUCUACCAUUUGCUAUUCUUAAUUUAGUGGGUUUUUUAACUGAUCGACGUACAGAUUUAUUUGGAUUUUUCAAUCAAAUCUUUACUAUACCAUUAUUUGUUAGUUAUGUAACAAGUUUUUAUAUAUUUACAAUGUCAUCUCGUAUUUAUCGGCAGGAGUUACUUAGACUUUUCUGGUUUCGAAAAGUAGGAGACGAUGGAAGAGAAUUUAGUUUGAGAACAUUAACAAAUGGUCGAAGCAUUCAAACAAGAAUCAAGGGUACUGUUAGUGAAAGUGCGACUUAA